UAUUUAAUAUGUCAUAGGAAGGCGGCAAGCUUAGAUGGUAUGACUGCUCAUCUCACUGCACAUCGCUGUCACAGAUAGACUCCUAAGCGUUUGGUAGGAAACAGUUUCGAUAUCGACCAGUUCACGCGCGUGCUACGCCAAAACAGUCUCGAUACAGAGACAGUAAUUAGGUAAUUGCGCUCAAAAGGAUGACUUCAACCAGUACAUGGCAUGCUCAUAUCUACGACAAUCCACCAAAACAACCGACCCCUUACUUUAUAGCGACGAUUCUAGGCCUCGACUCGUCUCAUCUACCAGUGUUUGUGAACACUGAAAACUUAAAAUCGCCAGACCUCAAGCAGAGAAAGAAACAGAAAUCUGAUUCAGACACGAGUGAGGAGCGAGAGGACAAAGAAGAAACCAGUCAUCCGCGCUCGAAACAAUCGUCCACAGAAAAAUCCCACAACUCCUUACCCAAGAAAUCUGCUACAAAAGGAAAGGGAGACAAGGAAAUCGGAAAAUGUAAGAAAAAAAAGAAAGCAAGGACCACUUUUACGGGUCGUCAAAUUUUCGAGCUUGAAAAGCAAUUUGAGGCGAAGAAGUAUCUGACAGCCACGGAACGAAGUGAUAUGGCUUCACUUUUGAACGUUACAGAAACACAAGUAAAAAUAUGGUUCCAGAACCGUAGGACAAAAUGGAAAAAGCAAGAGAAAGAGAUUAAUGAGGACGCGAACCAUAAUUCAGAUGAACAGCGCACCGAGUGUGGUAAUGAGAGCGACUCUAGCUCUCUAGCUGGGUCUAUUGAUAACAAUAACAGCAACGAUAGGAGUGAGAAAAUGGACGAGGAAGGCAUAGAAAGCUCUGAUAUGAGUUAAAACCUAUUUCCUGUUUGGAAAAACAUCAACUCAUAAGUGAAAUAAUAAUUACUGAAAGGCCAGUUUGUGGCGAGUUACAGAAAGAGGUCUACGUGUUAAUUGUUCAUUCAAGUUGCCAUCACAAUUCUUCUAAUGUUAAAGACCGGUUAGGCUAAGAUUUCUUCACGUAGCGGAGCCGUAGAAAUUAACUAUUGACCCAGAAUUUUCGAAACACACCAUUGAGUACAAAAGUUAAACCGUAUCAAAAAUAAGCAAAUUAUAAUGGGAAUUUAUAGCGUAUCUACGUCGCCGUGUUAAAGCGACGUGGGGUUUGAGGGCUGAAGAUGUGUAAUCGAUGCUUGGCUGUCUCAAUUACUUUAAAACGUUUGAGAUGCAGGGCAAUUAACGCUCAGCUUUCCCUUGAUAGACGUACAAUAUGUAGCAAACGGAACUCUUAUGACUAACAAUGAGACUCUUGGGAAGUGUGAUAAUCUUUGUUUUAAUACUGCAAGACUUCACGCAGUUCCUAAAUAGAGUUUACACCUAACUGCUCAAUCAGAAUUUUUGUAAAUCGAAUACAAAUAGCUUUACGCCACGGGAGAGAAACGCGUUUGUUUCGUGAAUUGAGCUUUGAUUCUCUAUUUCAAAAACGUUUUGCCUCGAGGCUCGGUUUAUGUUGCUUUUAAUCGUUUUGUCUCCAAUCGAAUUAACUCUAGGGGUAAAAUCACUCAGGCGAAAUUCACGAAAUAAAGACAUGUACUAAUUGAUUUUCGUUUAAGACAUACGUUAAAAUGUACAAAAAUUACCACCGACCGUGUUUCACAGUAGAAUUCGGAUUUAUGUUUGAAUGUAACCCGUGACUUGUCAGUACCCGUUUAUGAAUUUAAUUUGAAUUAAAGUGUUAGCGGUAGGUA